GACCCACGCGGGCAGCUCUCCGGUGCGAGCGCACUCCCCUCGCUGCCCGGACCGCAGCGCAGCCCGGCAGCCCAGAUUCACAAUGUUGAGGACCCCUUUCCUGAUCCUGCUGACCCUGGCGUGGGCCAAUUCACAGGACACCGAAGAAACCAUCACGUACACGCAAUGCACGGACGGGUACGAGUGGGACCCUGUGCGACAGCAGUGCAGAGAUAUCGACGAGUGUGACAUCGUCCCGGACGCGUGCAAAGGCGGCAUGAAAUGCGUGAACCACUACGGGGGCUACCUCUGCCUGCCCAAGACCGCCCAGAUCAUCGUCAACAACGACCAGCAGCCCCCGGAGACGGCCAACUCCCCUCACCGCAUCCAGUGCGCGGCGGGCUACGAGCAGAGCGAGCACAACGUGUGCCAAGAUAUAGAUGAGUGCACGGCGGGCACGCACAACUGCAGAGCCGACCAAGUCUGCAUCAAUUUAAGAGGCUCCUUCGCCUGCCAGUGCCUCCCGGGGUAUCAGAAGCGAGGAGAGCAAUGUGUUGACAUAGAUGAGUGCGCCAGCCCUCCGUACUGCCACCAGAGAUGUGUGAACACGCCGGGCUCCUUUUACUGCCAGUGCAGCCCUGGGUUCCAGUUGGCAGCAAACAACUACACCUGCGUAGACAUAAAUGAAUGUGAUGCCAGCAACCAAUGUGCUCAGCAGUGCUACAACAUCCUUGGCUCGUUCAUCUGUCAGUGCCACCAAGGCUACGAGCUGAGCAGUGACCGGCUGAGCUGCGAAGACAUCGAUGAGUGCCGAACCUCCAGCUACCUGUGUCAGUACCAGUGUGUCAACGAACCUGGCAAGUUCUCGUGCAUGUGCCCCCAGGGCUACCAAGUGAUGAGAAGUAGAACAUGCCAGGAUAUCAACGAGUGCGAAACCACAAACGAGUGCCGCGAGGAUGAGAUGUGUUGGAAUUACCACGGCGGCUUCCGCUGCUACCCACGAAACCCGUGUCAAGAUCCCUACAUCCUAACAUCAGAGAACCGCUGCGUCUGCCCCGUGUCCAACGCGGUGUGCCGGGAGCUCCCGCAGUCCACGGUGUACAAGUACAUGAGCAUCCGCUCGGACAGGUCUGUGCCCUCGGACAUCUUCCAGAUCCAGGCCACCACGAUUUAUGCCAACACGAUCAACACCUUCCGGAUUAAGUCUGGGAACGAAAAUGGGGAGUUCUACCUCAGGCAAACGAGUCCUGUGAGUGCGAUGCUCGUGUUGGUGAAGAUGCUAUCAGGACCAAGAGAAUACAUCGUGGACCUGGAGAUGCUGACGGUCAACAGUAUAGGAACUUUCCGCACAAGUUCAGUGUUAAGAUUGACCAUCAUCGUAGGGCCAUUUUCAUUUUAGUUUUCUUGUAUCUGAGUCCACUGCAGGCAUUUAAACCCACCAAAGAAUAAUGUUCCCGUAAGAGCACUAUUUUAUUUAUAGACAUACAUAGUACAUUUACUUCUAUAAUCUCUACACUCACCCAUAAUUCCAACAAUGACACCGUGGUAGAAGGUGAGCAUUUACUCUGUAAAGAUGCAGCAUGUGUCUUCAUUACCAUAUGUAAAUUAGACAGUAAUCCACUGAACUGGCCUGUCUCAGGAGAGCGAAGCAUACACUAUCCGGCGAGACUUGGAUUCUUUCCUGCACACGUGGGACCAAUCAGUGGUGCUCUUCUGCUGCAAUGCUUGUGACCACGUCUGCCCCGCUCCUGCUCCACUCCAGCCUCCCAGGGAGGCGGCCGUCAAGGCACUGAAUAGCAUACCAGGCGAAGAUCGCCCAGUGAGUUUGUUUGAUUGCUUUGUAAGAAAAUGAAACACCUCAAUAAAGAUAUAUUUCUUUA